AUGAUUAGGAGUACCAUUUGUAAGAGAUCGAGCCAUAUGAUGAUGGCUCGGAGGACUAUUUUCAAAACUGCCACAAGCAGUACUAUUACUAGGCCCUUGACCAUAUCACUAUCCAUGCGUUUUAAUUCUACUGCUGCCGCUGCUGCUGCAUCAAAUAGACCAUGCCCAGCCCCAAGCUUCGACAUUGAGACUCCAACUGCUCCUAAUGCCACCACCGUUAAAGCCAAAAACUCAAAUAAAAUGGAUGACUCUUUGAUAGGCCUGACUGGUGGACAAAUUUUUAAUGAGAUGAUGAAGCGUAAUAACGUUGACACCAUUUUUGGUUAUGCAGGUGGUGCUAUUUUACCAGUCUAUGAUGCUAUUCAUAACUCUGAGCACUUUAAUUUUGUUUUGCCAAAGCAUGAACAAGGUGCAGGUCAUAUGGCUGAGGGCUACGCUAGAGCCUCUGGUAAAACAGGUGUUGUUUUAGUCACUAGUGGUCCAGGUGCAACUAAUGUUGUUACUCCAAUGACCGAUGCUUUAGCGGAUGGUGUUCCAAUGGUUGUUUUUACUGGCCAAGUUGCUACUUCCUCAAUUGGCACUGAUGCCUUCCAAGAAGCAGACGUUGUUGGUAUUUCUAGGUCAUGUACAAAAUGGAACUGUAUGGUUAAAUCUGUUGAUGAAUUGCCUAAGCGUAUCAACGAAGCUUUUGAAAUCGCUAACAGUGGUAGACCAGGCCCUGUAUUGGUUGAUUUACCAAAGGAUGUUACUGCAGGUGUUUUAAGAAAUACUAUUCCUGUCAAAGGUUCCUUGCCUUCGGAUACCUUGACCAAAUUGACUCAAGGCGCUAUCGACCAAUACACUUUAAAAAACAUAGAACACGCCGCCGCAUUGAUAAACAAAGCUAAAAAACCAGUUAUAUAUUGUGGUGCCGGUAUUUUGAAUAACCCUUCCGGUCCAAGUUUGUUGAAAACUUUGAGUGAACGUAGUCAAAUUCCCGUAACUACCACCUUACAAGCUUUGGGUGCUUUUGAUCAAAGGGAUCCUAAAUCUUUGGACAUGUUAGGUAUGCAUGGUUGUGGUACUGCCAAUCUAGCCAUGCAAAAUGCGGACUUAAUUAUUGCUAUUGGUGCAAGAUUUGAUGACAGAGUUACUGGUAACAUCAGCAAGUUUGCUCCAGCUGCUAGAAAGGCUGCUCUGGAAGGAACAGGUGGUAUCAUCCAUUUUGAAAUUUCCGCCAAGAAUAUCAACAAAGUUGUUGAAGCAACUGUUCCAAUUGAAGGCGACGCAGCCAGAAACUUGGAAACCAUUUUACCUUUGAUCAACGAGGUAGAAGCCAGACCAGCAUGGUUUAAACAGUUGGAUGAAUGGAAAAAGGAAUACCCAUACUCCUACGAAAAGGAAACCCCAGGCUCUAAAAUUAAACCACAGACUGUUAUCGCUGAAUUGUCUAAAUUGUCUACCAAGAAAUUUGGAAACAAAAAGGAAGUUAUUGUUACCACCGGUGUUGGCCAACAUCAAAUGUGGGCUGCUCAACACUGGUUAUGGACUAAACCAAGAACAUUUAUUACCAGUGGUGGUCUAGGUACCAUGGGAUAUGGUUUACCAUCUGCUAUUGGGGCACAAGUCGCCAAACCCAAUGCUAUUGUUAUAGAUAUUGACGGAGAUGCCUCUUUCAACAUGACCAUCGGAGAAUUGUCUUCUGCAGUACAGGCUAACGUUCCAGUUAAGAUUUUAUUAUUAAAUAACGAAGAGCAAGGUAUGGUUACGCAAUGGCAAUCUUUGUUUUAUGAAAAUAGAUACUCCCAUACCCAUCAAAAGAACCCAAACUUCACCAAGGUUGCUGAAGCUAUGGGUCUGAAAGCUAUCCAUGUUAAAGAACAAAGCAAAUUACAUGGCGCUUUGAAUGAAUUUUUAGAUUACAGUGAUGGUCCAAUUUUAUUAGAAGUUAAUGUUGAACCAAAGGUUUGUGUUUUGCCUAUGGUUCCUGCCGGUAAAGGUUUGGACGAAUUUAUUGCAUUUGACGCUGAAGCAGAAAAGGAAUUGACUGAACUGCGCCACAAACGUACUGGUGGUAAAUAUUGA